CCUCGACGAUCAUUGCUUGAGGGUGCCUCUUCAUAAGUAUUAGGCUCUCUUGACAACCGUUUCUGUGCCUUGUCGCCCAGGCAACUAUUACUCCAACAAUCUUUUGUCCAAGGAUCACGUCGAUUGAAGGGAUAGAAUUGACAUAGAGCAUCGACUUUCUAGAAAGCACCGGCAUCUCGCGGUGGCUUCUCAACUGGCUGUAAAAGAUGUCGGCCGCCGUCCUCGGGACGAACUAUUCACCGCCCUCGUCGGCAAUCCACUCUCCAGACACGACCUCUCCUCUCUAUCCCGAUCGCCCUAUUCGGCCUCUGCCAAAGAGGAAACUUCGAUCGAGACUAUCACCCGAAGUCGCAGACUCCAUCCUUUACCCCCCAACUCCUCCGAAAUCAACUCCGCUUUUUCAAUUCCCUUAUGGCUUCACUCAUGAAAGGGUUCCGGAGCGCAGAUACUCCGAUGGGUUCUCCAGAGCACAUCCGCACAGACAUUCAUACUCUUGUGAUCAAGGACAUGGCCAUCACGACCAUGGAGACGGGGAAAUUGAUAGCGAGGAGGAGGAAAUUACGGCUGGUAUGAUGAGCCGGUAUCGAGAGGAGGGAUUGCUCAGUCCGAACGGCACUUAUCCGUUGGAUGGUACACUGCACCAGCGGAGGAGCUCAUUGGAACCGUCACCAUCACCGUCAAAAGGACCCCCUGCUCAUUCUACCUCCUCGUCCGCUGACGGCUACGAGUCCUUUGAAAACACCAAUAAUAAAAAGAAACGGAAGAUUCCCACUUCGGGCACAAUGAGUGGUCAUCAAUCGCAUCUUUCAGCCGAGUUAGCGAAUAUGGGAUUAUCCUCACACAACGAGAGGUCCAAGUCGCCGGAGGGGCCGGGAGGAACCGUUGCUCAUACAUACGGACCAGGAUACUCCAACCCGCCUCCUGUUGUUUCCGGAACUGGCAUCUCUGGCGCAGGGCGUGGUCGCUUCGGUCGCUCAGGAUCGCGGAACCUUAACGGAAGGAGCCCUUUGAGCGUUUCAACAAAUGGGUCAAAUGCAUGGGCGUCCGGGCCAACCGGAAGGAGUCGCCGCGACUGGAUCCAUAGCAGUCCUCUCUCCGGGUCCAAAGACGCUGCACAUUUCGAACAAUCCCGUGUCAUCUCCGCGGCUAUUGCCAGCGCAGAAGAACACCCAAUCACACCAACGAAAGGACAGGAAAACGUAAGCCUGCUCCAGCAAGGAUCGAAAAGGUCAAUUCCGAGCAAGACUCAAUUCACUUUUACUUGCGAGUCGGAUGCUGCCAAGAGUUUGGUCUGGCCCGGUCAGCAUGGCCCUGGGGUCCCCAGUAAUCGACAAAUCAACGGGUCCAUGAUGGCUAGUCAUCCUGCUACGAUGUAUGGGCAAGCACAAAGAGGUAUAUCUGCGCAAGGACCUCCAUCCGGGCCAAAUUUGACGGGACAGUCGGUUGCGGGUUCUUCAGGGCAAUAUGGAACUGAUGCGCAGGCUCAUCCCUCUGGACAACCCGCAGCGCAAGGUAAAAAGACGCGCCCGCGGCGCCCUGGUAAAGAAUAUGCCAUUGCUGCACGCCAAAGACGCCUUCAACAGGAAUACAACAAUUACCACCACCCUCCAGCUCCUGAGGAUAUUUGGAUCUGCGAGUUUUGCGAGUACGAGAGCAUCUUCGGCACCCCGCCUGAAGCCCUGGUUAGGCAGUAUGAGAUCAAGGACCGCAAGGAGCGACGACGACUUGCCGAGAAACGAAGACUUCUGGAGAAAGCUAAGAUGAAAAGCCGGAAAGGAAAGAAGGGUACCAAGGCUGCUGGCAAGGGCAACGGCUCCGGGACUUCCCAGCAUGACAAUCCUGCUCAACGCUACGACCCACAAACAGGUGGUCAGAUCCCCGUGAACGACCAGGAACUUCAGGAAGACGAAUCUCCUGCAGAUGAUGUGGACGAGCCUCUCCCUGCUGCUGCACCUCCCCCCACCAAAGACGGUUUUCCGGGUACCCAUAGCAGAAGCCCAUCCGAUUUUGAUAGCGGCCAGCUGCAAGACUUGAGAGGUCCAACUGGAUCAGCUGGUCGCGCGGCCUAGUCCUAUAUUUCUUUUGUUAUUUUCAUUUAUUUUCACUUGUUGUCCCUUUUCUUUUCCCUGUCGCCUUCUUCUCUUUUUUAUGUUCUCCCAUCUCUUUCCUUUGCCUCAGCUUGGCCCCUUUUUUCUCAUGCAUUAAAACUUACACUUUUCACAUGGUGGAUGAUGAUGGUAU